GGUGGCCUCGGGUCGGGCUGGGGCGCCCCGGCACCCCAGAGGGGCAAGUGCCAAGCCGCCCUCGCGCUCGGAGGGCAGGGGCGCCAGGUGGCUGCUCGCCACUGCGACCCGACCCCUCCGCGCCGCGGCUGACCUGUCUCCCGGUGGAGCCCGGGGGCCUGCAGGAGCCCAAAGCGCCGGACCCUCCCACUGCCGGCCUGGGGCCUGGCCGAGGGCACGGCGGGGAAGUCCCUCAAGGCAGAACCCAACUUGAAUGGGUGUUUUCUUUGCCUCUGCAGCGCAGCUGGAUUAUGCGAAGGUGGGGUGGGAGGAACCUGUCUAAAAAUAGAGGAUUGUGACAACCCCUCUAGUGUGUGUUAUUGGUAAAAAAAAAAAAAAAAAAAAAAUUACUCAGAAUAAGGUGAGGCUACAAGUGCAGGCAGCUAGCGCUCUCCCCUACAGUGGGGUCUAAGCCGUCAGAAGUGUAGGCCCCCAUAUGAAGUUCAUACGUCACUGUUCUGCCCAACUCAGGCCUUUCAACCUAGGAUUCAGGGCAUUGUUCACGAAUCUUAUUUCACCGGAAGACUUGUUGAUCCAACUGUGUUUGAACCGUUUGACUAAUACAGCUUGGAGGAGGGGUUAGUCAAGAGGUAAGUAAGCCCCUUAACCUCUGAUGGACUGAAAAUAAUCAGGAACUUGAAAAAGGAGGAAAUAUGUAGCUGACCCCUUGAAGAAGUGUGCAUCCUGGAGGUGGUUCAGGUUUGCCGCUCCGCAUUAGACCCUUCUCUUUAUCAGCUAGGGACAAUGAAGAUUAGGAAAACGGAGCCCAAAGUCCAAUGUGACCACAGGGUUUUGGGGGAAUCAUAACCUAAAUAUUACAGCUAACGCUGCCUCAGCCAUCUUGGUGAUCAACUCUAUUUAGGUAAGGAGGAAAUCAUAAACUCUUAGUGCAGGCUCUGUGCUAAACAAUUUUGGGGUGGGUGUUUGCUGUGUGGUCUCCAUUUUAGAGAAAACUGAGGCUUAGAGAGAAAGGAAAACUUGCCCAAGAUCAUUGAGGGAGAGGAUGAUGCAAACCCAAGUCUGUCUAUCACUGUUAUCAGCGCCUUGGACCUGUGGAAUUCUGAAUUUCCAUCUGCCCGUGUCUGGUUUGCCGCUGUUGUUUUGCAUUGCUAAUUCAAUCUUAUUAAAUUAUUAGAUGCUGCAUUCUCAUGUUUUUCCCUUCCGUUUGUCUCCCAAUUAAGUAACCUCCUACAGAAAUUUGGAAUAUCAAAAAACACCCGCUAAGAUUCAAUCCAACUAACCAGGUCCAUCUAUAUAAAACAUUUCAAUAAUGUUCAGUCAGUUAAUUGCAACCCCAGUAACUAGUAGACUACACCAGCCCUCCCUAUUCCCUUUUAAUGAUUAAUUUUUCUUGUUAGUAUCACCAUCUGACUUCCCCAAAAAAUCUGCUUUUCAAUUUUGCCUUUUGACUGUCAACACUGUUUGUUUUCUGUUCCUCAGAGUCAAUCCACUUGCAGGUAAUACUGGAGCUACUUUUAAAGCAUAUCCCAGACUGACUCCUUCACACCACUUCCACUGCAUCAUCCUAGUCCCUCUGAAUAUUGAACAAAUGAUGGUGACAUUAACCAAGACAGGGAAGUCUAGGGAGAAUGCAGCUAUGGAGGUUAAAUCAAAGAUUCUCUUGAGUUUGAUAUCCUAUUACACAUCCAAGUAAAGUUGUUGGGUAGUUAAUCAUUUGUUGGGUAGUUAAAUUACAUCUAAGAAUGGAGACUUAGUCCAGGACUAGAGUCCUCAGCAUCUGAGAUCAAUGGUAUUUAAAGGCAUAGGAAGAUAAGGGGUUAUCAAGGAGUGAUGACGAAUGAGGACCUUAGGCACCUCUCCAUUUAGAGGGUGUGAAGAGGAGGAGGAGCCAAAAAAGGAGGCUGACAAGGGGGGCCCAAUGAGACAGAAAGUAAACUAAGAAAGUAUAGUAUCCUGUAAGCCAAAUACUGACAGUGUUUCAGGAAGGAGGGAUGCUUUAAUUGGCCCAGUUCUGUUGGGAGGUCACCUGAGGUGAACAUUAAGAAAUGGUUUGGCAAGAUGGAGAUUUAUUGGUGAAGUUCACAAGAACUAUUUGUUGGAGUGCUGAGGACAAAAGCCUGAUUGAGGUGGGUUAGGGGGAAAUGGGGAAAGGAGAGAAGGAGACAGAAAGUAUGGGCAAUUCUUUGGUGGUGAUCUGCUAUAAAAAAGGAGUAGAUAUAUGGAUCUGUAAUUGAUGGUAGGCUUGGGUCAAGGAAUGUUUUGUAUGUUUAAGAUUAAAGAUACUACAGCAUGUUUGUUUGAGAUCCAGAAGAGAGGGAAAUUUUGAUGAUCCAGGAAAGAGGAACAAUAUUGAACAACAGAAUCCUUGUCUGAGCAGGUGAAAGGGGUCUGGGUAGAGAGUCCAAAGGGAAUAGGGGUUGGAAGAGCAGGAGCAGAUGCUGGCAGGACACAGACAUUCUGAUGAUAAUCCUGAGAAAUAGGUAGGGCUUGAGUCAUUAUCUUUAUUUCAGAGAUGAUAAAACUAAGAUUCAGCUAAAUGAUUUGCUUAAGGCCUCACAAACACCAAGUAAGCAGCGUUAAGAUUCCUAGUCUUCUGACUCCAAGUCUUGGGCUACUGAUACUACACCAAGGUUUCCAUAUAUCCUUCAUUUUUUAGUGUGACUGAGAUUGAUUCAGACCUGGACUUGGAACCCAGAGCCUGGGAUUCUUGCUCUCGCACUGUCACUGGACUCUGGGUGGUGUGCAACUUCUCUAAGCCCCUGAUAUCUUGUUUCUAAGAUGGAAACACUAACUGUCAGUCAGGGUGGUGAUUCCACUGAAGCAACUGCCAAACCAAAGAGAAGUUUUUAUGCUGCGAGGGAUUUGUACAAGUACCGACACCAGUACCCACAGAACUUCAAAGAUAUCCGAUAUCAAAAUGAUUUGAGCAAUCUUCGUUUUUAUAAGAAUAAAAUUCCAUUCAAGCCAGAUGGUGUUUACAUUGAAGAAGUUCUAAGUAAAUGGAAAGGAGAUUAUGAAAAACUGGAGCACAACCACACUUACAUUCAAUGGCUUUUCCCCCUGAGAGAACAAGGCUUGAACUUCUAUGCUAAAGAACUAACUACAUAUGAAAUUGAGGAAUUCAAAAAAACAAAAGAAGCAAUUAGAAGAUUCCUCCUGGCUUAUAAAAUGAUGCUAGAAUUUUUUGGAAUAAAACUGACUGAUAAAACUGGAAAUGUUGCUCGGGCUGUUAACUGGCAGGAAAGAUUUCAGCACCUGAAUGAGUCCCAGCACAACUAUUUAAGAAUCACUCGUAUUCUUAAAAGCCUUGGUGAGCUUGGAUAUGAAAGUUUUAAAUCUCCUCUUGUAAAAUUUAUUCUUCAUGAAGCCCUUGUGGAGAAUACUAUUCCCAAUAUUAAGCAGAGUGCUCUAGAGUAUUUUGUUUAUACAAUUAGAGACAGAAGAGAAAGGAGAAAGCUCCUGCGGUUCGCCCAGAAACACUACACGCCUUCAGAGAACUUUAUCUGGGGACCGCCUCGAAAAGAACAGUCGGAAGGAAGCAAAGCCCAGAAAAUGUCUUCCCCUCUCGCCUCCAGUCAUAACAGUCAAACUUCUACGCACAGAAAAGCCAAGGACUCCAAAAAUUCCUCCUCAGCUGUUCAUUUAAAUAGCAAAACAGCUGAAGAAAAAAAAGUGGCACCAAAAGAGCCUGUGGAAGAGACAGACAGGCCCAGCCCAGAGCCCAGCAAUGAAGAUGCCAAGCCAAGAAAUACAGAGAAGGACAGUAAUGCUGAGAAUGUGAAUUCUCAACCUGAGAAAACAGUUACGACUCCCACAGAAAAAAAGGAGAGUGUAUCUCCUGAAAAUAACGAAGAAGGUGGAAAUCAUAACCAAGACAGUGAAAAUCCUGGAAAUACAAAUUGCCAUGAUGUUGUACUAGUACAGUGAAUUAUCAGAAAACCCAUAAGCCAGUUUAGGUUAGAGAGGAAAAAACUACUGUAUCAUUUAUCCUAAAGAACAGAGAUGAGGUCAAUUUCAAAUUUUAGCCAUCUGUUUGUGAUUUCUGUCAUAAGCAUUUUGUUGUUUGUUUUUUUAUUUUGGAUGACAAUGAAUUGAAUAUCUAAUAAGGAAAUUUAAGAUAAGACCCAAUAAAUGAAUGUAUUCUGUAAUGCUUUUAGGAUGUGAAUUUUCAAAUUUUAUGUAUAAUAAUUACUUUGAGAAUAUUUUCAGAGUAUCUAGAAAUUACCAUGUAGUAUUUGGUAUACAAAAUACGUUCUUUUGAGACAUUAUAGUCUACAUGAGGGAAAUCAAGAGGAUAAUUUCAUUGGAUUGCUACACUUUUACCUGAUUUAUGGAUUUAUUUUACUUUUUUUUAUUUUUUUAUUAUUUUUUGAGAUGGAGUCUCACUCUAUUGCCCAAGCUGGAGUGCAGUGGCAUGAUCUCGGCUCACUGCAACCUCUGCCUCCAGGGUUCAAACGAUUCUCCUGCCUCAGCCUCCUGAGUAGCUGGGAUUACAGGCGCGUGCCACCACGCCUGGCUAAUUUUUGUAUUUUUAGUAGAGAUGGGAUUUCACCAUGUUGGUCAGGCUGGUCUUGAACUCCUGACCUCAUGAUCCGCCUGCCUUGGCCUCGCAAAGUGCUGGGAUUACAGGCAUGAGCCACCGUGCCUGGCUGAUUAAUUUUUUUUUUUUAACUGUAAGAGUUUGAUCUUUUCAAAUGUGUUCAGAAACUAAUUUGGAUUCUUUGAUUCCAGUACCUCAACGUGUUUAUUUUUAGAUUCUGAUAAGUGAAAUGGAUGUCCUUGUGGAGCUCUGACCUCCCCAGCUUAUCUAUCAGUCCUGCUGUCCUCACCUCCUUACCUCCUUCCAUGCUUACCCUUAAGCCACCAUCUUUUUCAGCUAGCAUGUGUGUUUCUAGUGUAGUUGGCCCUCCAUAUUCAGGGGCCCAGCAUCUGUGGAUUCAACCAACCGCAGAUUGAAAAUAUUUGUUGGAAAAAAUGGAUGGUUACAUCUCUACUAAAUAUGUGCAGUCCUUUUAUUUGUCAUUAUUCCCUAAACAAUACAGUAUAACAACUAUUGACAUAGCAUUUAUAUUGUAUGUAUUAGGUAUUGUAAGUAAUUUAGAGAUGAUUUAAAGUAUUUUACAUAAGGGACUUGAGCAUUCCUAGAUUUUGGUAACUGCAGAGGGUCCUGGAACCAACCCCCUACAGAUAUCAAGGGACCACUGUACACAUUAGGAUGAUCUAUAUUGAAAUCUACAUGGAACAGAGUGGGACUUCUACUUGUAUGACUUGAAGAUUUUGCUUUGUUUAAAUUAAUAACUGUUUUCAGAAUUAAGUGCUUAAAAACAAAUUUGAUUGAAAAGUUCAAGACAAGAACUUUACUCUCUAUAGCUGUUCCAUAUAAAUUUGAUGGUUGAUUCUGAAUGUAAAUGACUGAAGAAUUAAAUAAGAAAUUCCUUUUUAAAAGGCAUGCCACUUGCACUGUGAACAAGACAGUAGUCCCUUAAACCGUGAAUAUGUCAGUGUUCUAUGGAUUAUGAAAUUAGUAAUGUUGCUUAGCCCAAAUGUAUUUUUUAAAAAGUAUAGUUUUGUGCAUCUCUAAGUUAUCAAACUUCAAAAUUGAGAACAAAUUUAAAAGUCCAUAUAUGCAACUUUAGUAAGCACUUAAUAUAUUACGUAGCACUGGUUAAGAACAAUUAAUUUUGUUUUCUAUAUUAUUACUAAUUAUUAUUACAAAUCAAAAAACACUGUGAUAAGAACUUCAAAGCAUACAUACAAAUAUAGUUAAAGAAAUGAAUAGAUGAAACAUUUCUACUUUAUUUCCUUUAGAAAGGAAUUAACUUUUUUGUUAGGCUUUUAAGAAAAGUUCUAUUCAUUUUAAUCCCCUAGGAAAUUUGUAAUAUGUCCUACUUCAUAUCACGUAUCAUCUUCUGUUGCCUCUAUUGAUCCACAUUUUCUGCAGUGGAUUUCUUGAAAAUAAUCACACGUAUAGUAUGCCUCUAGAAAUAUGAUUUUACUGCUUUGAAGUUUACAUGAAACAUGCCAGUUGCUUAACUCUAAUUUUUUAUAUGAAUCUCAGUAGCACUUUUGUUGUGCAUUGUGUUCCAAUAAGUAUAGUAUAGAACACUUUCUCGUUUUUAGUUCCCAUAAUAUGCCAGUUUUUGCUUUCCUAGUGUUCUGUGAGUAAGUAUUAGGAUUUGGCAAUCUGCUUUUGCAUUUCAAUUUCUGUUUUACAUGCAAGAAAAACAUGGACACUCUUAUGUGGUGCUUGUAGCUGUGUCCAUAGAGCUCAGUAAAUAGUUCUACAGGGUUUAGAGGAUGAGAAGCGAUUGUCAAAUUAGGCUGAAUUGUAGAAACACAAAUAAUUUAAUUCAAAAUAACUUACCAAUUUUAUAUACAUGAUAAAGUGUUCAGACAACUUUCUAAAUGCAUAAUAGUAAAAGAUUGUGACCAGAUAUUAUGAUAUUAAUAAAGUUACCAGAUACUAAAAUCAAUGAAUGUAAUUUGAAUUACUUAGAAAUUGUAGUAUAUUAGAGCCCUUAUGAGUAAAAGCAUUUCAUUUAGCAAUUUAACUUUUAGAAUAUUAUUCCUACUUAGGGAUUUUGAUUAGAUUGUACCAUUAAAUUUGAGAAUAUUUAGUCUCAAGGGGAAAACUUCUGGCAUCCAUCUUAAAUAGUGGCCUUCUUCCACUAUGGUGUUUUUAAAUGCAUAUUCACAUAUAAUAGUAUGUUUCUUACAUUUAAUCCCUAAAUAACUUAGAUAAUCAUUCAGUGGAGAACAAGUAAAAGGAUAUCAUUCCUUUUGGAGAUAAACAUUGAGUGUCUAGAAAUUUUUUCUAUUAAUGCUUUGUAUAUUAGUUUUUUAAGAUCUAUAGAUACGUAUUUAUGUGUGUCUUAUAUAUGAAACAGUUCUCUGGGUUUGACUCCUAUGAUUUGUAUUUUUAAAAACUAUGAUAUGCUUGCAGAAAUUCAUUGAGAAGCUGUUACAAAAAAUGCAGUGAAGCAUGACCAAAUAGCUAAAAAUGUUGCUGAAUCUUUACAAAUACAUAGUCUUUAUCGUUGUACUGUGGAGUGCAAGGAUACUAAAUAUUGGCUAUUGAUAAAAUACUAACUUGCAUUUCAUGGCAAAUAGAUGUUGUAUCGCUCGACUAGUCUAGAACAUUUCUAAUAUUUUGUGCUUUCAUAUAUCAAAGGAGAUUAUGUGAAACUAUUUUGAAAUACUGUAAAGUGACAUAUAGUUAUAAGAUAUAUUUCUGUACAGUAGAGAAAGUUUAUAACAUGAAGAAUAUUGUACCAUUAUACAUUUUCAUUCUCGAUCUCAUAAGAAAUUCAAAAGAAUAAUGAUAGAGGUGAAAAUACGUUUACUUUCUCUAAAUCAAGUCUAGUUGUCAACUCAAAAAUUAUGUUGUAUAGUUUUAUUUUGAAUUUAGGUUUUGGGACUACUUUUUUCCAGCUUCAAUGAGAAAAUAAAAUCUACCACUCAGGAGUUACUAGAGAAGUUCUAAGUAUUUUUUUGCUAAGUAUUAAAAAUAUAAACAUAUGAAAAUACCAUAAUGCCUGUCAUAGUCAUUGUUUCAUAUUUUGUCAUAUAAAAUUACCUACCCUGCUUCUAGUUUUGUACUUUAAUCUGAGUGGAAGUAUGAUGUGGUGGAAAGGAAAAACAGUACAGUAUUACAUCUGAGUUAGUCUUUGAAAAAUCAGAGUAGUAAAUAAACCUCAACAUUGAAUGGUCAAAAAUUGGUUUAACCAAUGGGGGGAGAAUAUUUGGUUAAUUGUUUUAAUAUUAAAUUUUCAAGUUUAUAAUAGAGUUAUGGUUGAGUAUUCAUCCAUACUGAGUAAUCAAGCAUUUUUUAAACUAUAAUUGAGGCUCUUCUAAAGCUUUGUUUUCUAAUCUAAGAUACAAAGGAUAUUCUUGAUCUUGCUUGAUUAUAACUACAUCUACAGGUCUUUAAUGUCUGUUUGGGGUGAGUGGCGAUCCUCUGUUGUAGGAAUGUUUUUGAAGAUUUCUAUUUUGCUUUCCACUUAGGAAAUUCCCCUCUCUCAUUUGGGGUAUAUGCGUUGAGUAUAAGGUAGGCUGUAUUUAGACACGCUAGAAUCAUUAAAUGUAGGUGAAGUUGUAGAGAAAAAUGGCCUGGGUCAAUGUAGGAUCUAGAAAAUUAGGAGUGUACAUUUGCUGGCUUCUUUUUGAGUUUUGUACUGUUUAUUACAGGAACAUAUUUGUGUGGCUAAUCUCUACGGUGACAGUGAGUACUACCCUGCUCCUUCUGCAUUCUAGUUAUCCAACACACCCAGCAGAUUGUGUUCAGGGACAGAAUGUGUUUUUAGAAAUCCCUUAUUAUUGAAAUGAAUAAUAAUAUAGCUAUAAAUAUGAAUGAAUGGAGGUAUCCAGAUGUGCCUUAACAAAUGUAAAUGUUUUUCAUUCAGAAGUUUAUAUUUUUACUCCAUUAUAAAAUCUCAUCAUUGGGAACUUUCUAAACCAUGAAUAUCAGUUCUUUUAAUGACAUUUAGUUGGUGCUUUAUCAUUUUGGAGAAGUUGCUGUUUGGGACAAUAGCAUCAGUUUAUCAAGAAGUGUACUCACCAUGAUAUUCAAGAAUGUGUAACGUUUGACAAAAAGUGUUUAGAGUAAGAAAGACUAACUAUACUGUUUGUUAUAUUUAUUUAUGCUUUUUGUAGUUUAGCUACAUACUAUAAUUUUCAUUUUAAACAUUCCUUAGUUACUACAAAUAAUAUUUAUGUUUUGCUUCUUCUUAGAUGUAGGCGGAUGCAGAAAUAGAAUUAUAUUAGAGAAAUUAUUAAAAGCUUAAUUCCAGUAGGCAGUUGGAGAAAUCUGAAACUAAUUUGAAAAACUUUUAUGCUGUAGUCUCAUUACAAUCAUUUUAAAAGCACUGUUCUUGCAUUUCCCCUAGAUCACAGAGAGUGUUCUUUGUCAUUUUUUUUUUCCUAUUCUGUUGUGAAGUUUAUUGUUUCAGUUAUUUGAGGGAAAUAACCACUUAAUAUGUUUAUUUUCCUGAAUUAAAGUUUUCAUGUAGAGAAUACAAUUAAAUGUUUUGUGUUAUGACCCAAACUGGCUGGAAGUAGAGUUCAGAGAGGGAGAAGGGACAAGAAUGAGUGUGGGCGUCUCAGGAAAGUGGUGCCAGUGCUGGGCUCCACCCUUCUCCACUGGCAUGAUGGGUCCUCAGAUUCUCCUCUGGAUAACGAGGGUGUUGGGCACUGUGAGCUCUGACUUCUGGGGAGGAUGGGCCAUCAUGGACUCCAUACACAAUUUUGAUGGGUAUCAGUUCUCAUAAAAUACCUGCUAUAAUUUAUUUAUUUUGUAGUUAUUUAGAAAAUUGUGAGCAGUUGGGCACUAGUAAAUUGUAGUUAUAUCUUAACGAUCUUGGGAAACAUUGAAAUAUGAGUUUUUUUCCCCUCACCCCUAUUUAUUUAAUUUAAAAAGUUAGGGAAGUUGUUCAUUCAUAGCUGUAUAUUAGUAUAAAAUCUCUUUUUAUAAAAUGAUUCAGAGAAAAGGCAGUAAUGGUCACUUACUGUGCUAAAAUACCUUUUUUUUCUAAAAAUACUUAAGCUUUAGGGUUUUUCAUAGUUUUACUUUUUAAAUUAUAGUUUGUGUAACAAUUUACAUUAACUAGAAAAAUUAGAUAUAUAAUAAGUUUUGGUACUAAGAAACAUUUACAUUCUGCACUCAUUAGUCAAAUGAACUUUUUUCCCCCAGUGCUAACAGAUUUUGUUUCAGGUGAAGAAAAAUAAAAUGCAAAUGAAAUAAAAGUCUAGAAACAGCAACAGGAAACUCACCACAGAAAUAAAGACAUAACCCUUGAUAAGUUUGUGUAAGUGCCAGAAUUAUCGGAAACAGGUGAAGAAAGAUUAAGAAAAGCUUUAUUGUGGGGACAUGCUUUAAGAAUCAGCUCUGUAUUUGUGCCAAGGAGAUCAGGUAUUGGUGUGCAAACAGAUCCCAUUAAUACUCUGAUUUGAACCACGAAUUCCACCUACUCUGCGUUGAAGCCCUCCAGUAGACUGAUAGAUGUAAUCAAAUGAUCAACUACCAAGUUUAAUUCCUUUGCCUGUGUGUAGCAACAGUUGGUAGUUUUACAAGUUAAAUUGAUGGACUGGCUGCAGAUAAGAGAAAGACUCAGUGAUAGGUGGUUUGUGAGUGAAGUAACUUCCACACUGUCAAGAGUUGACAGCGUAUUAAUUAUGUGGCAUUAUAAUUGUGAGAAACAAAUGAGAGCAAAAUGUUAGGUCCUUUGACAAGCAUUUUCCUCCUGUUUUCAAAAAGGGCUUUCAGUUGUUUCCUAUGUAAGGUAAUCUUUUUUAGUAUUAUCUAAGAAGAAGGACAGCAGAUUAUGUCAUUUUGGAAACUAUUGUGUCCCUUGUAUUUUAACUAUUUCAGGAAAAUGCCUACGAUUGUUACAAAGAUGUGUGUUUUACUUAUAACAUAAGCUCUGAUUCUCCAGUGGCCACUGGGCCUUCUCUGUGCUCUGUAUUCAACUGCAGUAUGAAUUACAGAAUGCUGUGCAUGUUCGUUAGUACCAAUACCAUGUGUAUGUGGUAGAAGUUGUAACCAGUUUCUGGAUCUGUAUGGUACUAUAAAAUACCUAUUUUAUAAUUCUGUAACCGUAUGGCAGUGUUAUGCCAAAAAUGUAUAAAGAGCAAUAGUUUCUGUUGCUUACUGCUGUAUUUUAAAAUAUUGUUUCUAAAAUAAUAGAGUUCCUUUUGAGUAAUUAUUUUUAAUAACUAUUGCCAAAUAUACAUCCUAUAAAACUAAUAAAAGCCACUCUAUCUUAGGUAACAUUUUAGCAUUGUGCUAGAGUACAUUAUGGUGAUUUUGCACGAUUAAAAUAUUUUUAAAGAACUAGAAAAAAUGACUUGCUGUUUUCCUGUCAUUAAACAUGUAUUUUUUAUGAUUAACAUAUAAGACUAACAUUAUUUUCUUUUAUCCUCAAAAAUAAAUAUUGUGAAGGGUGAA